GAACCCUUGAACAAAACAGCUGUUAUUAUUUACAUCCGGUCGGCCCAUGAGCUGAUUCACAAUACUCGUUUCCCCUCUUUCAAGCAGUAUAUCUCAAAAUCUCAAAACAUUCAAAACACUAUGGAUUUACAAGAACGCGGGGAACAUAUUUAUAAUACUCUAGAGCGACUCAGGGCAGAUGAAAAUGGAUGGAAAGUGUGUAAAAAGGGGAAAGAUGUGAUUGUCUACUGGCGACCUUCUGAAGAAAGCGGAGGCACAAUGUAUCGCUCUGUUGGUAACAUAGAUGCUCCACCAGAGAAAGUUUGGAAAUAUCUCGAUCCACGCCCAGGGACAUGGCGCCCCCUAUGGGAUAAGGCAGUCCCAGCAAUCAACCCAGUGCAGAUUAUCAGUGAAGAGCUUCUGGUGGUGAAUUCUCAGACAAGUAGUGCAAUGAUGGGAAUGAUCUCUCCCCGUGACUUUGUAGAUUUAGUCCUGAUUAAAGUGAGAGAGCAUGAUGGAGCAUACACUACAAAUUCACACAGUCAUCAAAAUCCAGAUGUUUGCCCACCGCAUCCAAACUUUGUCCGGGGCACUAACUCAUAUUGUGGCGUCGUCUGUCAGCCUAUUCCAGGGGAGCCGAAUAAGACUCGGAUAAUUAACAUAAUGGAUACGAAUAUUGGAGGAAUGCUACCAAAAAGUUUAGUUGACUCUGCGCUUCCAUCCAAUCAAAUCGGAAUGUUCCAAGACUUACGCAAUGCAAUCAGAAAAAAUAUCCGGCCUAAAGAAUAGAUUCUCAGGGUAGAUUUGGAGAUGUUCUAGACAUAUUUUUCUGUCCUUCCUCCUCUGGUAGAGUAUAAGAGACAAAAGGUUCCAAAUAAUGAGCUUCCAUAUUCAUGAAUUUGUCUUGCUAAGACAAGAUCAAUUUGAAAUUCUCCAAUUGCCAUUUUCUGUUAUAGCCUUUCUGCACAAAUUGAAGGCUAUCAGGCUGUCAUGUACUUUGACAAAUAAAAUUUAGUGUAUUUUCCUCCUUUUUCGUCGUUCUGAAAAUCUCAAUUUCUAUUUUUUGUGUUUAAAAAAAAAUUUCGAGACAUUAAGUGGGACCACAGAGAUUAUGCAUUUCUCUCCCAGCUUAAACCGUACCCAUGAGGGACAGAAAAAUAUGCCAUUUAGAGAGACAUUCCCGAUGCUGAAAAAAUAAAACAUGAUAUUGCUAUAGCAACUAUUGUUGCUAAAAGCAACACUACUAUGUUAUUUACUAUGGCAACCAUAUUGUUGUUAUACAUAUACUAUUUAUUUGUUAGAAGAUACUUAACUGUUGGAUAGCUUUUAAAAUGACAAGACACUUUAUUUUU